GAGGUGUUAUCUAACCUCUGGGCCACGUAUAAGAUGAUAAGGGCCAUGGAGCUCGAUCAGGUCUUAAUGGAUCCAGAGCAGUUAGCGAGGCUCGGCAUCCGAAUUUUACCUCUCGACCUCACUAGUGACACUGGCAAUGAUCCUGAUAUCCAUCCAGCUCUGAACCCCGCAAGUUACUUUGUUCCUCUCACCUACGACUACAUCCGAAAGCACCCCGUGGACCGCUCUGACCCGGAAACUGCUGAAAGCUUCGACAAGAUUGCAGCGGUACUAGAUCCGGAAUUCAGGCUAUUUGGAGACAAGCUCUCAUCCUCCGCAGUUGCCGGUGAACUUUCCUCCUUGCUCCAUCACGAGAUGUCAAGCUCUCGGGUGAAUUGCGAAGACGAGACCCAGAAGCUCACUUGGUUGAACAAGUGGCGAGAAACAGACUAUUCCAAUUUGGAAUCUGUCUUCGAAACAGAUGAGGUGAUCUUCUCUACCCACAUCUCGUGGGACCUCGAAGGUCUCUAUGUCUGUCGGAUUCGACCAUUCCAGCCCCAUGUUAAAGCGAUCCUCAGCCACAGCGAUAUUGACAACUCGGAACACACUCUGCUAAAGGCUGAGCUAAAGGUCAUUCUGGCACUCAUGUAUUCCCGGUGGUCUAUGGAAGGUCUUCUCGAUAUGGUUGUCCCGGUAAUGCUUGUCACCUUCGUUGGACGCAAGGCACGGUGUUUGAUUGCCAUACACGAUGGGCAUCAGCUUCGCAUCUCGAAAACUCCUCUCUACUUGGCCGAAAACAACGAGAUCUGGCGACAUGUUGUCAGAUAUAUGGGCGGAGGGAUAGAUGAGAAGCUCGAUACAAAGAGGCUGCCGGUGAUCGAUGUGGUAGAAGGCUAGGAGUUGCAGUCUGGGUGGACUUUUCACGGUCACUUGCGAUAACUUCGUACUGUACUUGUCGUUUUUCUUUCCUUUUUCUUCGUCUUCUGCUUCCUCAUUCUCUCUCGGAGGGAAAUGCGCAGCUGCUCAACAGCUUGAUGCUCUAUUACUUAGAUGUCCACUGAGUUGCCCGUGAGGGUCACGAGGAUGUGGCUUAAUGCAGAGAAGGGUGCAGUUUCCUGGGAUAUCUCGAUGAUUUAUGACUUGGGGCCUACUUUGAAUUCUAC